AACAAUCACUCGACCCCAAAACGCCUUGAACAAUCUGGUCCAUAAAACGUUAAAUCGGUAUACACUAUCACAUAUCUAUGACGUUUGUAGCAAUUUCUACAACGGGAAGUAGAAAAACGCGGGGUCGGAGCUCUAUCAGCAUGUUCCAACAAUAUAUAUGCCCUGCAAUAAUCACAUGGCACGAUAUACACAAUUCGACAACCAUCUACUUUUCAUAGGAUCAAUAGGCUUCAUAAAGAGUUUGUGAAGCAAUUGUUAGCGGUUAUAACCGCGUAAAAGGUAUUUCACGGGGCCACGAUAACUCAUGUUAGGCUCCAUUGACAAGUCUAUCUGCAUUAUGCUAUAUUCGUAUUGUAGUAUAUUGUUAUGAGACAUUAUACUAUUUGCUUAGUGGUUAGGUCGUGAAAUGCAAGUGCUGUGGACCUGACUAUUAGCGAGUCUAUUGGGAUACUACAACGGGAUGGCAAGUAACCCUGAUUCAGGUCAACUAUUUUUUAUCUUGGAAACUUAAUAUCAUCAACAAGGCAAUAGAUGAAUCAUACUGCUUUGAUAUAACUUGUGUUAUUUGUCCCAUCCUCCUUUCGAAUAACACGGUUCAUGUGCAUGUAGACGCCACCCAAUCACAGUUCAAUAGGUUUGUUUCUAAAUGUUAUUGGAUGGUUGUUUGACACUAUUCCGCUGGAUGACAAGAGGGAAUAACUAUCAUUGUAACGGAUAUAUCUGAUCAGAACAGGCACAACUAUUUAGGUUGCAUUCACUACCAAAUUGUCUAUCUAGACAGCGUUAAUUGCUGUCUGCCUGCUAAGGUAAUACCUCACCAAUAGCAACCAUUCAGUCGAAAUACGACGUGUUAUAUGAUCCGAAUCAUUGGAUACAUUACGUGGAACAUUUCAGGAAUAUUCCCUAUACAGAAAAUCUAUAUUGAUUAAAAAUGGCACUUUACGAAGGGUUCAAUGACACACCCAUCCCGGAUAUGUGCAUGCCAAAGGAAACAAAAAUAAGUGAAUCUGAUAUGUCAACAUACAUAACGGGAUAUAAUGACAAUGUUGGCAAUCAAUUACAAUUCAGCUCCAUCGCAAGCUCACUCACUCAAUCCCGAGGCACCUUCCCGGAGAACAUAUCAUACAAGAUAGAGGGAAAUGCGCUCACCUGGAUUGCACGGGGGCAUCAAAAUGAUUUUACUAUUCAAUGCACAAAUGCAUUGGAAAUUGUAGAUGGCUUCUUUCGAGCGGAAUAUUUCCUAGACACUAGUAGAAUAUUGGACAACCACGGGGAAUUGCAAAGUCUAUACCACACCGAAGUACCUUCUAUAUCAUAUAAACCGAGGCAAUUGGUAUCACAACAAACAAUUGUCCGUACCGUAAGAAAAAUGAAAGAAAUUGCUGCAGCCAAAGAAGAGCUUCUCACAGAAGAACGAUUGGCUUUAGAAGAACUAGGUUAUAGCGCAUCUGAAAUCGAAGCUGAACAAAAACAAUAUAGAGAUAAAUUAAUGAAAGAGAAAGUACCUGGGAAGAGUAAAGAUGACGAUGUUACACCCAUAAAGACAGAUGAAUGUAUUCGUGUUAUGAACAUUACACAAGGUCGAGCCGACGAAAAAUUCCCUGUUGUUGAACCUCUAAAGAAGAGUAAAAGGGAUGAUGGUAGAAAACAAUUUUUCGCAACAAUCGAUUACUCAAGUGUUAUUAAAAAAGAUAUAAGACUGCUAACAUCGGACGGUAGCACUGUUAAGCGCAAACGAUCUGUGAAACCAGCGGAAGAAUUGCAAAAAUAUGCAAUUCCUACAAAAAAGCAAAAAAGACGACGAUCAAAUAUAACUGUCAUUAACGUAGUGUCAAAAUCAAAACGGAAGGAACGUGAUGUCUCCCCAACCGAGGAUGAGGAGUGGAUACCAAAUAGCGGUAAAAAAUCACGGAAGAUGGCGUUUUGAAACUUU